AAAUUUCGCCUUUUUUUUCAAUUUUUUUUUUGGUAACAUUGUUUUGUGGAAAGCGAAAAUCUGGAGAACUCGGUUAGAGUUCGGUAAUGGCAGAGACUUGCGGUGGUAUUCUCCUAUAUAACUCUCCUCCUCUUCUCUUCCGCAGUUCCAAGUUCGUCUCCCAUUGUUUCUCUUCCAAAUCCUUUGCUUCCUCUCCCAUGGCCGCGGAACCGCCGUCUCUUCUCGUUUUCUCAGGUGGAACAGGAUUCAAUGGUGUAGUUGAAGAGAUGAAGAAGCUAACAACUCGUGUUUCUCAUGUCCUUCCUGUCUCUGAUGAUGGAGGAAGUACUGCUGAGAUUGUUCGUGUUCUUGGUGGCCCGGCAGUCGGGGACAUACGCUCGAGGUGUUUAAGGUUGUCUGACGAAAGUACUUCCGAGGCUCUUGCUGUCAAACGCUUGCUCGGCCAUCGCUUACCUUUAGAUCCUCAUAAGGCAAAACAUGAUUGGUAUGAUAUUGUUGAAGGCAAUCAUUCUCUGUGGGACGGUGUAUCGAGACCCUAUAGAGAGACGAUCCGAGCCUUCUUAGUCUACUUUCAGAACGAGAUUCUCAGACGGCAUAACGAGUCAUUUUGCUUCAGUAAUGGCAGUAUCGGUAACUUCUUCUUUGCGGGAGCACGGAUAUUUUUCCAGUCUUUGGACGCUGCGGUGUUUCUGUUCUCUCGGGUUUCGGAGAUUCCUUGCGAUAGUUUGGUCCUGCCCGUUAUUUCAACCAACGACCGGCUCACCUUAGGCUGCGAAUUAUGGGACGGAACCAUAAUACGAGGGCAGAACGAAAUCUCGCAUCCAACCAACGGAAAUACGCAAUCCGUGGACAAGAGUCAUGGCUCUUCUCCUGCGCUUCUCUCGAGUAUAAAGAGAGUAUUCUACAUGUCAAGUGAAGGCAACAAUCUGUUGCACGAGGUGAAAAGCUCUCGUAUUGGCGAGGGUAUAUACGGCCUUUAUACGUAUACGGUAUUCACGGAUGAUACGGUGUUUGAGCAGGUGUUCCCGCCAGUUAACCCGACAGUACUGGAGCAGUUGAGAAGUGUGGAUUGCAUUGUCUAUGCAAUGGGAUCCCUUUUCACUUCCAUCUGCCCCUCACUGGUGCUGCUCGGUAUCGGGGAGAUUAUCUCUUCCAGGUCAUGUCGUAAGGUGCUUCUGCUGAACGGUACGCAUGACCGUGAAACAAGCGGAUUUACAGCCUCUUGCUUUGUGUCCGCCAUUACAGACGCUCUUAACCGAGCACAUGGAGAUCCGAACAUUCGACUCAAUAACCCCCCUGGACACUACAUCAACACUCUCUUGGUCCCGAGAGACGGGGAAAUCCCCGUGGAUCUCGACCGGUUGUCUGAACAAGGAAUCACAGACAUCAGAGUCGUGGAAUCCGUCGGGGACCCGAAACACGGAGUGGCGUUCAACCCGAAGUCGUUGAUUCAAACUCUUGCCUGCUUGCUGGACACAACCCAUCAAAACACUCAAGUCUUAAACACCAACUGAUGAACAUAUAUACACACAUAUAUAUAGAUAGAUAGAUACAUAUAUGUAUCAGUAAAGAACAGUUGUAGAGGAAAUCUUUACAGUAUUCUUGCUUUCUUC